AUGAUUACAAAUUUUCUUUUUUUUAUUGAUAAUUUUCAAAAGAAUAGAAAUGGAAUAUCCUUACAAGUAAUAUUACUGUUAGCUAUGAUUAUAAAUGGAUUAAAUAGAAAAAUAGUAUAUUCUAAAUUUUUUAGUACUUUCACAACAGCAGAUAAUGGUAAUUUAAUAAAUUAUUUUAGAUUGGCCCUCAGUAGGUUAUAAUACUUAUAAUUAUGGAGUUGAUGUAUGUGGUACAAAAAAUAUAAUUUUUGUUGAUAACUUAUCAAGUCUAUCAAAUUCUUUGCUUUAUCAAACUUUUGUUCUUGAGCCACAUUAUUAAGUUUCUUUAUCAUUCAAAUUUUGGAGGUAUAUAAUUAAUUUUGAUAAGAAUCGAUGUUUGGAGCAGUAAAUAGUUUACCACAUAUAUUGAUCAUCAAAUAAAAUAUUAAAAUUUCUUUUCUGACAGUGAUACAACAACUGAUAUCUGUAAAGAUGCAACUAAUGAUUAAGUUGUAGAUAUUUCAUUCACUCUCCAACACAAUACUCCUACACUAAUGGUAAUUUUUAAAGGUGAUGGAUAUAGAUGGGGAAUAUCAAAUAUAGAAAUAGGCAUAGAUGAAUGUUCUACUGGAUGUGAUUCAUGUAGCUAAAGUUAAUGCCUUGAUUAAACAUUAGUUCCCAUUUCAAUAUUUUGGACAACUUAAGAAGCUCUAUUAAAAUAAGCUUGUGGAGGUAUAUAUAUAUAUAUUCAUAAAUUAGGGUAUGAAUAUUAAUACACAUUAGGCAAUUUUAUGGAAAUUUAAAUAACUUUAGAUAAUCAUAAUGUGAUAAAUUCAUCAAUGAAAUUCCAUAUUUUUAAUACAGAUAAUCCAACUCUGACAGUAAAAGUAGAUAAUCAACUUGUAACUACAACAAAAUAACUCUCUGGUAGAGUACAAAAUGCAGGAUAUUUUUGUUUUCAUAAUCAGAUAUUAGAAUUGUAAAUAAUUGAUUUAGAUCACACAAACCCAACAAUAAAAUUUCGUAUUGAUGUUGUCUUGAUAAGAUAUGAUACUACAUCAAUAAUGCCUUUGUUUGGAAUAAAAGAAUUUUAAUUGUUUAUCAAAACAAAGAUAAAAUAAACUGACCCAGCUUCCUUAGGAUUACCUUUUGAAGGUUGUUUAAUGAGUUUACCUGAACUUUUUGAAGGUUGUUCUUUUUGUGUUAGAAGUUCUUGUUUACAUUGUUAAGAAGGUUGGGAAUAUAAUGAAUAGGAUUUAAAAUGUCAACCAAUUUGUGGUGAUUAAUAGAUAGUUUAAAAUGAAGAAUGCGAUGAUGGUAAUUAAAUUCCUUAUGAUGGUUGUUACAGAUGUUAAUACUCAUGUUCAUAAUUCUGUUAGUAAUGUCUAAAAGGUAAAUGUAUUUAAUGUGUAUAAUCAAGGUAGUUAAUCAAUGGACAAUGUUUUAAUGUAUGUAAUUAAGUUUUAAAUUAUUAUGACUAAUUAAAUAAUGGAUGUUUUUUUCAUAACUAAAAUUUUUAAAUGAAUGGAUAUUACUAACAUACAUUUUUGAAUAAUAAUAAUUUAAAAUAUUCACUUGAUGAAUUUUUAGAUUGUGAUAUAUUAGAAUAUGGAAUUAUGGGAUAUUAUUAUAAUUAAUUUAAUGUUAGAUAAAUUUUAUAUUGUAAAAUAUAAUUAUGGAACAAAUGUCUUGAAUGUCAAGAUGGAUAUUAAUUGGAAUUCAAUAAAUAAAAUUGUGUAUCAAAAUGUAAUGAUAAUUAUAAAUUGGAUUUUGAGAUAUGUGAUGAUGAUAAUAAUGUUUAAUUUGAUGGUUGUUAUUAAUGUGAAUCAAGUUGUUAAUUAGAAUGUUUAAAUUGUGUUAAUCAAAAAUGUUUACUUUGUAAAGAAGGAUGGUAUUUAAUUGAUGAUCAAUGUUUACCAAUAUGUGGAGAUGGAAUAACUGUACCAUCUGAAUAAUGUGAUGAUGGUAAUUAAGAAUUUGGAGAUGGAUGCUUUGAAUGCUAAGCUGAAUGUUCUUAUUGUAAAAUAUGCAAUUACAAUUAUAAAUGCUAAGUUUGUUAAGAACACUUUUAAUUAGUAUCAUAAAUAUGUUAACCUAUUUGUGGUGAUAAAUAUAUAGAAUCUGGUUUAGAAGAAUGUGAUGAUGGUAAUGAAGUUUAGUAUGAUGGUUGUUAUAAUUGUUAAUUAGAAUGCUAUCCUGGUUGUAAGAAUUGUUAAUUUGGAAAAUGUAAUGAUAUUUGUUCAAUUGAUGAAAUGAAUAUUGAUGGUAAGUGUAUUAAAUUUAAUUUAAAUGAAGAAAAUAAUAGUCUUAGUUAUUCAAAUUGUAAAGUUGGAUGUUAAGAUUGUAUUAAUGAUUAAUAAUGUAUUAAAUGUAAAAAAAAUUAUGAAUUAUUAAAUGGAAUUUGUCAUUUGAUUGAAUGUGGUAAUGGUAUAAGAGAAAAUUAAGAAGAAUGUGAUGAUGGUAACAUCUUAAAUAAUGAUGGAUGUUCUAAAAAUUGUCUAAUUGAAAAUAAAUGGAAUUGUCUCAGCAAAGACUCUUAAACCAAUACUUGUUAUUCACAAACUUAAAUUAAUCUAGAAUAUUUGAAUUUAACCAGAUAAAAUCAAUUCAUAUAAUUAUCAUAUUCAAAAAAAGUUAGACUAAAGUUUAAUUCAGAUAAUAACAAUUUUCUAUCUUAAAAUUCUUUAAAAAUUAUAGGAUUGCAAGAAGAUUAAUAUCUAAUAACAUGCUAUCCUGUAAUUGCUAUCGACUAAUAAGAAUUUAAAUCUAUCUUAUAUUAAUUUGAAAUCCAAUUUUUUGAAUAGAUAUUAAACUAAUUCAACUUCACUGUAUUUAUUAAUGAAACUCUAAUAGAUGUGAAUGAUAUUCCUAUACUUCCAUCUAAUGUUUCUAUAUAACUUAAAGUUCCAAAGCUUUUGACUUCUACUUAAUUAACUUUUUCAAAAACAUUUAGAAAAGUAGGUUAUAGCAUGAUGAUUAGUUUGAGUUGUAGCAGUGUUUUAAUGUUGCUUUUAGGAGAGUUUGCUUAAACAAUUGCAUUAUUAGAUAUUCUGCAAUAUUAACAGUAUUUAAAAUACUUAAAUGUGGAGUAUCCUUAUAAUGUGUAUAUUUAUUUUGAAUCUUCAAAUUUUAUUACUUUAUAACCUAUAUUAAAUUAUUUGAACUUUUUUGAAUUAUAUGAAAGUAUAGUUUAAAAACACUUCCAAUAAAGUAUAGGUAAGUUUAGGGAGUAUGAAUUAAAUGCAGAUUUCUUAACAAAUAUUGAUAGUUUGUUAUUUUAAUUAAGUUGUGGAAUGAUAUUAAUUAUAAUUCUCUAUGCUUAUGAAAAAUCCAUUUCAAAACACAUUCCUUUAUUAAAGAUUUUCUCUUAUUUUGCUAAAGUGAAAUACCAAUUUAUUAAAAGUAUUUUCAUCUAUCUUUAUAAAUAUAAAAGAAAAAAUUUAGAAAUUAUAAAAAUCAUCAAUAUAAAUACUUUUAUUUAAUUCUUUUAUGCUAAUAGUUGGGACUUAAUGUUUAAAAUAGGUUUAUUUUUAAUAUCAAAUACUGAAUCUGAAAAUCGAUAAAGAGCAUCUAUUUUAAUUUGUCUAAGUUAUUUAGGAAUUAUGAUAAAAAUUUUCCUAUUUGAUACACAAAGAAUUAAUGGUCGUGCUAAGAUUUCUUAAAUUAAAAAAGUUCAGUAUGAAAAACUAACUUUAUUUAAGAAAUUCUCUUUUCAUUUACUAUUAACAUCAAUGCAAUAUCAUCCAAUUACUUAAUGUAUAUUGAUUCCAUUUUUUAUAACAUAAUAUAUUGGUUUGAUUUUAGGAUUAAAGUUGAAAACUAAAAAACUUGAAAUUAUGACAAUAUUAUCACUUGAAAUUUCAAUAAUUUUAUGCAUCCUACUUAAUAUAUCAUAUUGUUAGGAAUUUGAAAAUUAUUUGUCUCUUAAUUAAUAAAUUUAUAUAGGAUUUGCUUAAAUAGGAUUAUUAAUCUUAAGUUUACUAGGUCCUUUAAUUUAAACAGGUUUUGAAUGUUAUUGUAAAAUGAAAAAUUUUAUCAAUUCUAGAAAAUUAAAAAGCCCAGAUCAACAAAUGA